CCCGGACCGUUAUGGCGCGCGCGCUUCUGUUCCUCAUUCAGCUUAGAUUACUAUAAUAAUGACCAUCAUUACUGUUAUUGUAUCUAAUUCUAGGUGCGUGUGUUGAAGGAGAGGCCAUGUCAUGUGGUACACCGGGAUCUGCGUGAAGGGAUGAUGAUGAUGAUGACACCGACAGCGACGUCACGAGACCGUUACGGUGACUCCAUACAAGCCAGACAAUCACGGUUACUAACUCCGGAUUAAGUCAUCUGAGGUUAAUAUGCUGGUGACGUCCUUACCACACAACAGAAUUUGAAUUAUGGGUAACGUGGAAAGCCAGUAUGGCAGCCACAGUUUCUAUGGCGACCGUGAACGUCAGCUCUCACGGAAGCGAGUGUCCCGAUCGCUGCGUCUAUCGGGGAAGCAAUCAUACCGGAGAAAACCUGAGCACCGUAACUCGGAGACAAGCACGCGCUCCAGCAGCACACCCAGCAUCCCACAAUCACUUGCUGAACACGGGCUGGAGCCGUUUGAUGACGCUGAUGCGCUGCCGCACUUUAGCUCCCCCAUCUGGGUGGAUCGGGUGGCUAUGAAUCUGCGGCCCAUGAGCUUUCACAAGGAUUCGAGCCCUGAACCAGGUAACAAUGCUUCAGCUAAUGCUCCUGCUGUUGAGGCUGACAAUGACCAAAGUUCGGAGGACACCUCCAAACCACCAGAGGGUGCUGGUUCUUUUAAGAAGAAGCGUUCCAAAUCUGCAGAUGUAUGGAGGGAUGACUCUUUGGAGAUAUCUCUGUCUGAUGCAAGCUUGGAGCGCUUAACAAGCACGGAGGAUCUCACGGACAAUGCUAAUAUCACUGACGUCACCCGCGCUAACUCGCUAAGUGAGCUCUACACACCGCAGACCUUCGCUAAGAAGCGGCAUAAGGGUGGAGCUCUAUGCAGAGACAGUGAGGAGGACAAGAUGUUAUCUACAUGUGAAGAUGAUGGUGCCACCUAUGGAGCGUUUACUCUGCCCUGCCGCCGAUCUCAUUGCCUCUCGGAAGGGUUGACCAAUUACCUGACAGCAAUGCCAGGAAGGCGGGCACAAACCAUACAAGACGUGACAGUAGGGGACGUUGCUGAGCUGGAGGACAACGGGAUCGAUGGCCUGAUUGGAGACAGCGAUGUGUGCGAGUUCCCAUCUCGCCAUUACAAGGCCCUGUCUGUGUACUCCACACCAGCAGGGGGCGGCGGAGACACACCUGACACUGCAGUGCAGGGCGUGUACGAGAACUUCCGCCAGGAGCUGGAGAAGAGCGGCUGCAGAGCGGAAACCCCCGAGGAAGGGGCGUCGGCUCUAAGCGACGAACUGAGCUCAGCCAAUCAGACGGAAGCGCUUGCGGGCGUGGCCGAAGGCUGCGUACGCAAAGCCGGCCGUCUUAACGUGAAAAACCUUCUCGUGCACAAGAAGAACAAGAAAGUGGAGCUCGCGGCUCGUCGCAAGUGGAAGAGCUACUGGGUCUCGCUGAAAGGAUGCACUCUGUUUUUCUACGAGACGGACGGGCGAUCAGGAAUCGAUCACACCAGCAUCCCAAAGCACGCCGUCUGGGCGGAAAACAGUAUCGCACAGGCAGUUCCCGAGCAUCCAAAAAAAGAUUUUGUCUUCUGCCUGAGCAACUCAAUGGGAGACUCGUAUCUAUUCCAGACAUGCAGUCAAACAGAGGUAGAGAACUGGGUGACAGCGAUCCACUCUGCAUGCGCGGCUGGCGUCGCCCGUCAACACCAUCGCGAUGACACUGUUCGCUUUUUGCGCUCCGAGAUCCGAAAACUGGAGCAGAAGAUCGACAUGGAUGAGAAGAUGAAGAAGAUGGGAGACAUGCAGCUGGCCUCGGUCACGGAUACGAAGAAAAGGAAAACAAUCCUGGAACAGAUCUCCGUGUGGGAGCAGAAUCUGGAGUGCUAUAACGUGGACUUGUUCCGACUGAGGUGUUAUUUAUGCAGCCUGCAGGGAGAAGAGCUGCCCAAUCCCAAGCCGCUCCUCUCAGUGGCCUCACGCUCCACCAAACUCUCCAUGGGACGUCUCGGCUUCUCAGUGUCCUCCUUUCACGCUCUGGUGGCGGCGCGCACAGAAAGCGGUGUUCGGAGGCGAGCACACGCCAUGUCACACUCCACUGCCAAGCGAAAAAGUCGCUUCUCCUCACUGUGGGGACUGGAGACGAACUCAAAGAGGAAAAUACACACACACACACACCCCAGCAUUGAACAGGUGUUUGCAGAAGGGGAGGAACCAGUGAAGAGGGAUCUGGAGGGAAUGAUGCAGGAAUCUUCAAGAGGAACCAAAGAUGACCAGGUGUGUGUGACUGGCAUGAUGAAGGACCGCCUCACGCCCUCCUGGGUGUGUUUGCCCAACGGUCGUCCCAUUCUCGCCGUAAUACGACCGGGAGAGUCGGCGCUUGACACACUCGAGAACAUCUGCAAGACUCAUGAUUUGGACUCGACCAAGCAUUACCUGCGUUUAAAGUUCCUGAUUGAGACACAGGUGCAGUUCUACAUCCCCAAGCCGGAGGAGGACGUAUACGACCUGGUUUCUCUAUCUCCAUGGUGGAGGACGAGAGCGUGCAGCAGCUCUACAUUACGGACGUAAAAGCUGGAGGAUUAGCGUUCGCCAAAGGUCUGAAUGCCGGCGACGAGAUCCUGCAGCUGAACGGGAAGAAUUCCAGCACGUUGACGUUCUCCGAUAUGAAGACUGCGUUCUCUCAGGCAUCUCUCUCGCUCACUGUGAACACACUGCCGCUGGUGGACCGAAGGCA